AUGGAUUACUACGAGCCAACUUUAUUGUUCAGACAAAAUGCUAUUAGAAGGAGUCCUUAUAAUUCCAACUUUAACUCCAAAUCCCUGUUAAAUGUGCCUGAUUAUAGUUCAGCUUCAAACAACUGGCUUUUGAAUGCCAAUGCUAAUGAUACAGAAAUCUUAAACAAAGUUUGUUGUCUUAACAGAUUGAAUAUCAAGUCUAAUUAUUGGAAAAUUCCUGACACUGAAAUGAAUCUUACUUCAAUGGCCAGUAAAAGUUUGGGUGAUGAUAAUGCUUUAAUGGCUAUUUCUUCAGGUAGUAAGCAAAAUAAUUUGUUUUUGUAUGAAUUAAACCUCGAAACCAAUUAUUUAACUCAUCAUAAUACCAUAUCUUUACCAAACAUACAUUCCAUGAAAUGGGUACCACAAUCUUCCAAUCUUUUGAUGACGGGGAAUAAUAAAGGUUACGGUCAUUUGAUAAGCACUCCAGGAAUAGAUGACGAUGAAAGUGCCGAAAUUUUGAAAAGAUUCAAUCACAGAAAACAUCUUAAAUCUAUUAACAAAGAUACUUCCAUAACUAAGCAUGCUUCAACUAUGAUAGAGAAAAUGAAUUUUUUGAAUAAAGAUAAGCUUAUAUCGAUAUAUGACGAUAAUUUAUUCAACUGGGAUUUAAAUGAUGCCACAUCAUCAUCGAAACCUCGUCCUACAAAUAUCACCAGUAUAAAUGGGAUACUAAAUUUCGAUAUUAACAGCAAAGAUUCUAAUUUAUUGGCAUUAGUGGGUAAGUUCGGGAUUUCUUUAUUUGAUGUAAGAGAUCCUAAAUUCUCCAUACCUGAAAUUUCUAAGAACAUAAAAAAGAAAUCCACAUUAACAUCCAAUAUCAUCAGAUGGAAUCCUCAAAAUGAAUAUGUGUUUGCUUCAGGGCAUUUGGAUAGUGUGGUAAGGUUAUGGGAUAUCAGGAAACAAGAAUACUUUGGAGAAUUGAACGGGCAUACUAAUAAAGUCAUUAAUUCUUUAGAAUGGGUAGACGGAGACUUAUUUAGUGGAGGUAAAGAUGGAAAUAUUAUUCAUUGGGAUUUAACUACGGAUUUAACCAGCCAAGAUCAACUCUUAAAUUGUGGACUCAAGGAAGGGUUAAAUAGUGUUAAUUAUAAUCGUUUGAAUAAUAUGGAUAUCAUCAAUCAAAGACAAUGUGGUACAAUAUUACCAGCAUCAAAUUCUAACAUUAUCCAUUUAGAAACUUUUCAAACUUUUGAAGAUUUGAAAGUGUUAUCUAUAGAUGGAUCAUCAUUUUUCGGUUUACAUUCCAAGAUUGUUGAUGCUGUAUUACCAGAAUCCAAGGGAUUCUAUUCUAAGGAUGAUCUCAAUAUGAUGGUAGCUUCAAGUGAGACUUUGGUAGAUGAGACUCAACCAUUGAAAUUAAGAAGCGAUGUCAUAGAUAUAGAGUCGAUCUCCGAACAAUCAGAACCACAAUCAAUUGAUUCUGAACCUCAAUUGGUUGAUUUGGAAUCAAUCGAUGAUUUGGAAGAGUUUGAGACUAAUAGUCAAGAUCUUCAAUAUACUGAAGAUGAACUUCAAUUUGGAGAUCAACAUGAAGACCAACUUAAAGACUCAUCGGAAGAUGUUCAUUCUGAAGACCUCCAUUUCAAUGAUAAAGAUUUUACUUUAACUGAAGAAGAAGUAUUUACAGAAGAGGAAGUGUUCUCAGAUUUAGAACCUUUCUUAUACACUCCAAUCUCCUACAAACCAACGAUGAAUAUGUCAGAUUAUUCAUUAAAUCAAUCAUCCGAUUCUUUAGGAGAAUUUGAUUUCUUUGAUACACCUAACUCCACCCGUACCGAUAUCACUGAGAUAGACACUUACAAUGAUACUUUAGAUCCAAUUAAACACCAUAAGUAUCAAUUACUGGAAGUAAGAUUUGACGAUUUUACCUUUGGUAACUUUACAUAG